AUGGCCACUUCUACCACCGCCGAGGGGGGCCAUUCCCCAGAUCUAGAGAUGAAUCAUCUGAAGGAUUCCCAUCUGGCAAACGACUCUGUUGAGUCCUUUGCAUGGGAGAAUCUAGAGGUUCAAGUCAAAGACAGGGCAACCCGCGCACCUCUAUCCAUUCUGUCUCAGAGCUCCGGGUUCGUCCGCCCCGGCGAGAUGCUCGCCAUUAUGGGCCCCAGCGGCUCAGGCAAGACCACUCUUCUCAAUGCCCUUGCCCAUAGAAUUGCCGCCGCUGGUUCUACCACCACGGGCGAUAUCCUGGUCAACGGCCAGCCCGCCAAUUUGGGGUUGAUUCGAGACUUGUCUGCCUAUGUGGAGCAAGAAGACUCGCUGAUCGGCAGCUUGACCGUGAAAGAAACCAUGGUCUUUGCAGCCAGGCUUGCGCUUCCCAGCAAGGUGUCGAAGAAAGAGGCACUGCAACGUGUCGACGACCUCAUCAGCAGCUUCGGCCUUCACGCGCAGCAACAUACCAUUGUCGGGACAGCCAUCAAGAAGGGACUCAGUGGCGGCCAAAAGAAGCGACUUGGAAUAGCAAGCCGUCUCGUGACAAACCCCAAGAUUCUUUUUCUUGACGAGCCUACGAGUGGCCUCGACUCUGCACUCAGCUAUGAAGUCUGCAGCUACAUCAAAUCCAUCGGACGGCGAAACAAUCUUAUCAUUAUUGCCUCCAUACACCAGCCAUCUUCGGCUACCUUUCGGCAAUUCGACAACCUCUGUCUUCUCUCCGGUGGCAAAACCUGCUAUUACGGAUCAGUCUCCGACGCCUCCACUUACUUUUCCUCGAUUGGGUACUCGAUCCCUCCCGAAACCAAUGCGGCCGAAUUCUACCUCGACUUGAUCAACACAGACCUGGACAAGGACGGCGAGAUUCGCGCCAGAACCAAUAGAAUAUGCGAAGGUUGGGCAAUCUCGGCGCAGCGUGCAAACCUAGACACCUCCGUCAGCAAGUCCCGACAGUUGCAGCAGGCGGCCUCUAGUUUCAAGUCCGAGAAGCCUGCGGCAUGGCAGACGCCGAUUGUGCUUCUCCAGCGCUCAUGGAUCAAGUCCUACCGCGACGUCAUUGCCUACGGCAUUCGCAUCGCAAUGUAUCUCGGGCUGGCCAUCCUAAUGGGUACCGUGUUCUUGCGCUUCAAAACUGAGCAGCAGUACAUCCAGCCCUACAUCAAUGCGAUAUUCUUUGGAGGUGCAUUCAUGUCCUUCAUGGCUGUUGCGUAUGUGCCGGCAUUUCUGGAAGACUUGAGCACGUUUAAGCAGGAGCGCGCAAACGGUCUUGUCGGACCGCUCGGUUUCAUGGUCGCGAAUUUCCUGAUUGGUCUUCCGUUUCUCUUCCUCAUCGCCCUGCUGUUCUCGGUCGUCGAGUACUGGUUGUCGAAUUUCCGGCCGAGCGGGUCUGCAUUCUUCACCUGGGUUCUAUGGCUGUUUCUAGAUCUUGUCGCAGCCGAGUCGCUUGUCGUUUUGGUUUCGUCCAUUUUCGAUAUUUUCGUUGUGGCGCUUGCCGUCACUGCAUUCGCCAAUGGACUGUGGAUGUGCGUCGAUGGCUUCCUGGUUCCCAUGAACAUUCUCAACGUCUUCUGGAAAUAUGUUUUCCACUACAUCGACUAUCAGGCAUACGUUUUCCAAGGCAUGAUGGUCAAUGAGUUCAAAGACCGCGAGUACCGUUGCGCCGAGACCUCGUCUGGCCAGUACCAGUGCCAAUACCCCAGCGACCUCAACGCAGAGGGCAAAAUCCGGGGCACUGACGUUUUGCGCCAGUUCAGUAUAGAGACAGGCCUUGAAGGUACCUGGAUCGGUAUCAUGAUUGGAAUCAUUGCGGGAUACAGAUUGCUUGCGUAUCUAGUGCUGGUACUUCGCAAGUAG